AUGUCAAAUUUCAGUGAAACGAUUAGUAGUGAAUCAUCUGUAACUUAUGUUUCAGAAAAUCCACCAAUUCAAAUAAAAAUUGUGGGUCUAAUAAAUACAAUAUGCUUUCAACGGGCUAAACGUUAUGCCUUAGUAAUGGCACGUCACUUACCCACAGGCUAUGCACCACCUGAGAUAAUACCAUAUUUCGAAGUAGAAUGGAAUGAAUAUUUAUUGAGACAUAAACGUUUAUAUGGUGGUCAUUAUUAUAAAGUUAAGAAACCAUUAAUUGUAUAUAAGGAUAACGAAUACUUAGGGGAUGAUGAAGAUUUGAUCAAUUAUCUCCAACAAUUCUAUCAAAUUAGUGUACUGGAAGAUUUUGAAGCCGAAGCUGUUCGACAUAUGAAACAAUAUAUUGAAAAAAAUGACCGUACUUAUAUAAGUAUGCUAAUUAGUAUUGAUGAUGUUUGUUUCGGAACUCUGGUAUUUUGCUUAUAUAAUGAUAUUUGUCCAAAUACAUGCGCAAACUUUUUACGCUUGUCAACACUAAAACGACAUGGAUACGCGGGUGCACCUGUACAUCGUAUUUGUCGAAAUAGUUGGGUUCAGUUUGGUGGUUGGAAGUUAAAACGAAGCUCUGAACCUUUAGCAUGUGAAAAUUAUGCAGUGCCACAUGAUAGACGUGGUGUUUUAAGCAUGUGCCAUAAUGGAAAACAUAGAGAUAAUUCUACGCAAUUUUUCGUUUCAUUAAAUCCAACACCGUGGAUGAAUUAUCUAUAUUGUGCUUUUGGGCAAUUGGUAAUUGGUGAUGAAAUUUUAACAAAAAUUUCGAAUGUCGAAACAUGCGAUGAAUGUCCAUUAAGUAACAUAACAAUCUGCCAAUCUGGUUUAUACUCUUUCUACGAAGUAAUUACACCCGAAAAUGAAAAAUUGUUAAAAACCCUAUAUAAAGCGAAAAUUCGAGGUAGUUCAGGUUCAAUGACGCCACCAGACAAAGUCGACUCCGCAACAAAGACAGAUUUAGACCGAGCACUGAAAACACCACCAGAACGAAGAGAUCCAACAUUAAAGAAAGAUUUGGAUGAUGAAUUAAAACAAAUAGUGGAUCCUGUGUAUCGGUUACCUCAAACACCGUAUCGAUUAGAAGAUGAAUUGUUGUUUAGACCAUACAAUGAAGUAUUAUUGGGAAGCAAAGCCAAAGUUUUGAAACACAAAAUUAAAGGAAGCGAUAAAGUUGUAACAGCUGAAGGAGUUGUAAGACCAAUAGUAAAAACGCUUUUAAAGAAAGUAGUACCGAAAAAAAUUAUAUCAAAAGCACCACAAUCAGUUUUAGACUCACGCGAUGUUCCAUCAAAUUUUUCAAUUUCUAAGUUUAAUAAUGGAAUGUAUGUAUGA